GCUGGUGGAAUCAGGUUUCAUGGGUUGGGUGUAUAUAAGUCAGUUUCGCUCUCAUACUUGCUAUACUAAGUUGUCUUGGAGAUUGUUCUAUCCUGUAAACCUGCCCAGGGACAAUGGCGGGAGCAACAUGUGACAUGAGCAGUAUUCUUACAAACUACAUUACGACGUUAUAUCCACCAAUCCAAGCUCAUCCUGUGCCGUCUGGCCUUUUAUCAAGCCUGGAUAAUGACAAGUUCCUUACUUUUGCCAUUCCGGAGUCGAGCAGUGAACUAGCAGUGGACCUAUGUGGGUGGGCUCAGAACAUGCCAAACCUGUGGACCAGAGAACAAGUGUUGGACUGGUUCAGUUACAGCAUAGAGAGGAACAAAUGGGAUGCCAGCACUAUAGAUCUGAAGCAAUGUGACAUGGAUGGGCAACGUCUUUGCCAACUCAGCAGGCAAGAUAUGAGGUCGAUGUUUGGGGGACUUGGAGACAAGCUUUAUGAUCAUUUGAGCCAGCUUAAAGAAUGGCAAACUCCUCCAACAGUGAAUACUGGAAUCACGGAUUAUGAAUUAACUGGAGACCCAUUUCAGUGGGAUCUAAUCUGUGACUUAAUCCGAAAUGAAGAUCUGCAGUUUGAAAUCAAGAAGGAAAAAGAGUAUGACUUUUACGGCGAUGUGACAAAAGAUGGGGGUUAUUACUCUGAUCCGAUCUCUCCAGCAAGCUCUGAAUCCUGCGCAUCUGCAGGGACAGGGCAAUAUAGCCCACAAGCUGGAGAUUCUUCAGCAGGAAGUGAUCUGGAUAUCAAAAGUCAUUUGAAAAGAGAUUUGUUCUCAAACAAAAAGGAUGUUACACCAAACAAGAGAAGGCGGGGAAGACCUAGAAAGCUGGCCUCUGAUUGCAGAGACAUCCUGGAGUCAAAGAAGAACAAGCACUCAGCACGUGGUACACACCUCUGGGAGUUUAUUCGGGAUAUAUUGUUGCAUCCAGAUUUGAAUGAAGGCCUUUUGAAGUGGGAAGAUAGAACUGAAGGGGUCUUCAAAUUCCUUCGUUCAGAGGCAGUGGCCCAACUGUGGGGACAAAAGAAAAGGAAUGCCAGUAUGACAUAUGAGAAACUUAGUCGAGCCAUGAGGUACUACUAUAAACGAGAAAUCCUCGAGCGUGUAGAUGGUCGCAGAUUGGUAUAUAAAUUUGGGAAGAACGCCACUGGAUGGCAGUUGAGUGACAAAGUGUCCCAAGGAUGUUAAAUGCAGAAUGGAAGAUAGUACAUAGUGCGGAUAUGCUUCCACUGUGCAUGUUUACCUCAGACCCCAACCUUUUUUUCUAAGGACAUUAAUGUAGCAUCAUUAUUACGGUGCCAAAAACUUAAGCUGAUAUUUUAGCUUCUGUAGGUUGUUGUAAACCAGUUUUAUUUUUGUAUGUGACAUAUUAUUUACCAUUGAAAAGGUUUUUAGUUUCUUUGCUGUAGUUAAUGUGAAUUGUUAGAGCAAAUGGUUGCUAAUGUACACAGCCUAAUGUACAUCUGGGCUGAGUACUAUCAUGGAACGAUAUCCCUUUUGAGGGAUUAAGUCAUUAGCUAAACAACUUUUUGCUUCAGCAGAGCUAUUCAUAAAUUUUUCUGAAUAUUUGUCUUGUUUUGUUUCGAUAAUUUUUUUUUUUUACCUGAAAGGUAAAAA